AUGCAGGAAAUAUCUGAUUUAAGGGAAGAAACAAUUGUUGAAUACCAGGCAAAAACAGAGAAACCACCCUGUUGCUUACAAAUAUUGUGCAAUAAUAAAUAUAUUUUGGUAGGUACUUAUGAUUUAAAUAAGAACACUGGGUUCAGGAACGGUUCGAUAGAUAUAUAUGAAUAUCCUGGUUUAACACUGUUGCACAAAAUACCAACGUACGGUGCUAUACUAGAUUUGAAAAUAUCUUCACAUGGUGACAGGUCAAUAAUGAUAACUGCACAUUCUACAGGAAAUUUAAUGGUUUGGAAAAUUAACUAUGACAUCAGUUCAUUUAAUGUUACUGAAAUGUUAACGCUACAGGCAAAUUAUCAAGUUUUCCAUUCGGAUACUUUAAUAACUUCUUGCCAUUUCUCACCAUUGGAACCGCAAUUGGUCUUAUGUACUGCUACCAAUGGCAAAACAAAAUUACUUAGAAUUGAUAAAACUCCAUGUGAAUCUACCACAAGAAUAGUUCAAGACGAAAAAAUUACCAGUAUUAAUGCGCUUUCCUGCGACACAUUAGAAUCGCAACAUUCAUUAGAAUGCUGGAUAGGCGAAUUUGGUAAAAUUUCACCUUUAACUAACGUAGUUUUUACCGGUGGGGAUGAUUCAAAACUAAUAGCCCAUGAUUUAAGAAUGAAAAACGAGAUAUGGAGUAACGAAGGUAGGAUUCAUCAGGCAGGUGUGGUAAGUAUCAAAGCUAGUAGCGAAACUUUCAGGGUUAGUGCUCCAACAUCUUUGAUUACAGGCUCUUAUGACGAUCACAUAAGAGGGUUUGAUCUACGAAUGUUGGGAAAAGAUCAAAUUUAUCCAGGAAAAAUGCCAGUUCUAAACAUGUUUGAAAAAGGAUUACAUGGUGGUGUUUGGAGAUUAUGUGAGUCACCAAAAGAUAUGAAUCGAUUGCUUGUUUGUUGUAUGUAUAAUGGUGCCAAAAUUGUAGAAGUGGAGAGUGAUAAAAAAACUUUUGAAGAAAUGCAGUAUGUUAAAAAGGGUCAUGAUUCAAUGUGUUACGGUGGUGAUUGGUCUUCAGAAUUUAUAGCAACAUGCAGUUUUUACGACAAUUCAUUGCAAGUUUGGCACACACUAUGA